AUGGCAAUGAUACCGGUUGAAGCAGCUGUAAGCCUGUAUGGGUUUCGAUCGCAGUCAACAGUUCCAAGGAUAUCAAGCAGCACCAGUCAAUCUACAGCAGCCACGACAGCGGCAGACAGUGAUAAUGCCGACUAUUAUUUCAAACUACCGCAGGAAAUGCCUUCUCGUCUGUUAAACUUCUUUGAAGGCUGGCCUUCGCUGUCACGGGCAUUCAACAGUACAUACACCUCAACGGAAUCCGACACGGAAGCCGAAACCAAACGCAAAGCCGAAACGAAAACGGAAACGCCACCUACACAGAGCCGCCGCAACAGUCAUACAAGCGUGGUCAGUGAAAAUGGUAUCCCAUCACGGCCCACCAUACCGAAACGCAGUUAUACCGCUGCCGAGGCUCCAUCAUCCUCUGAUGAACCACCAUUAAGACCUCGUCAACGACUCAACAGUAUUAAAAUUGGUGAUGAAAUUAAUCGCUUGCUGGAGCAAGAUAAAGUAAAGCGUGCGGUUGCUGUCCUCGAAGAGGCGGUCACUGUAAUGAACAUGACCGAUGAAGAGUCCAGCAACAAUCCAGAACAAGUCGCUGCAGUUUAUUCCAAAAUCAUCAGAACACUUUGCGAACCACCGAUUUUCAAAAUUGUAUCCGAGAUCUCGGGGGUCGAUAUUCGCGAUCAUGCCAUGGUUCAACAAAGCGUGUUGUGGCGGUUAUUCACAAAGGUCAUCGAGUCAGGAUAUGUUUUAGAGCGGGAAGCAUAUCGGGAUGUAGUUACUACAUUGAUGGACUAUGGCUAUAACCAUUUGGCACUGCAGGCAUUAUAUUCUAUUCCGCGGCAUGAAUGGGACACUGAUAUCUACAAGCUGGCAAUCACGUUGCAUCUCAUCCAAACUCCAAAACAGAUCGAAGAAGCUGAGUGGAUUAUGUCCGAUUAUGGUAAACCGUUCAUCGAGAUCGGCAAUCCGUUGGCGCCUUCCGAUUUGCCACCGAUUCGCAUUGACACGCCCUUGAUGAGCAAAGUAUCUGACGAAGACAAAUUCAAUCUUUGGAUGUAUUACCAAGCGCUCCUCAGCGAGACGGAUUGGCAACAGCAAAAAGAAAGCUAUGAAUCAGCCAGGCAAGAUCAAGAACGGAAAGCACGGCAUGACACACCUGCUAAUCUUGUCGAUUGGGCACGACGGCGUCUCAGUAUCCAAAACGUUGACGAAGAAUCAGGCCAAGCAGCUAAGAUCGAUAUCGACAACACCAUGAUCUACAUUUCUCUUCGAAAUAGUCAAUACGAAUACGGAUGGCAGGUUUACGAGAACAUGAAGGAUGCUGUGAACAAGUUCACCCCUCGUGUCACCAUGCAUUUGUGUUGGACAGCGUAUCAUGACACGCCACUUGCCAUUAUCACUCGACGAGCCGAGUGGGAAUCACGCGCUUGGGAGCUGUAUGCACGAUUCAUGUUUUCAAAGUAUCUCAUGCCCAAUCAGCCAGAGAUGUCCGGUUUCUUGUGCGAUCUACUGUCAAUCAACGCCACCAGUCCAGAAAAUCACAGUCAAAUUCGAUAUACCAAAGCUAUGAGCGUGUAUCAGUGGAUCAAACGCGGCCAAUACGACCAUUUGCUGAGUGAUGAACAGAUUUGCACGCCCAUCUUGUGCACCUUGUUACAUGACUGCAGAGGAUCACCGUCCACGAUCAUCAAGUUAUGCCAGAAGGCAUUCGAAAUCUGGCACACCAAACAAGCGAUCGACAGCAAACAUGGCGGAGAUACGAAAGAAAGCUUUUCAGUGUAUUGGGCUUUACUGGUUCUUUGCCUAAAAUCUGGAGAUACCAACCAGUUCCAUGAAGUCCUUCAAGCGCUCUUUGACGAACAUCGAACUUUGCCUACUUCACUUCUCGCUCCUAUCCAACGAAUUCACGACCGCUACCUUCGGUGUCAUUACCGUGGUGACCAACCGCAUGAAACAGCCGCCGAUGAACCUGAUAUAGCAGGUGCCACCUGUUGCUAUUUUGACGGAUACUUGUACCGACCGAUCAAGUACACAGAUGAUCGACAUCAUGACGUCGUGGAGAUGGAUGAACUCGGAUUUGUGAACAAAGGUUCAACCAAAAACUCUACGCUUCUCAAGGAUACUUCUUCGACAGCGUCGCAGCCCAUUGAAUAUUUCCAUCACAUGCUUGCUCGACGUACGAACAUUCAUGAUGCCAAUGCGGCUCGUUUGGCCAUGGCGGUUUCUAUGGGAGCAGCAAAAGAUGAAGAUCUGAUCCAAAAGCCACUAUACUGCACUCCUACCAAGGUCACCGCUCUCAUUCGCCACUGUCUCAAAGAAUCCACCCAACUUUAA